UGUGGCUGUCUUUACCUUCACUGCCUUAUAGUCACCAUGUCUUUCUCAGGGAAAUACCAGCUGGAGACACAUGAGAACUUUGAGCCUUUCAUGAAGGCUAUUGGUCUCUCUGAUGAGCUUAUCCAGAAGGGCAAAGACAUCAAGAGCAUCUCUGAGAUUGAGGAGACUGGGGACCACUUCAAGGUGACUGUCACGACCGGGACAAAGGUCCUCACCAACUGCUUCACCAUUGGCCAGGAUGCGGAGCUUGACACACUGACCGGGGAGAAGGUCAAGUCUACGGUGACGAGGGAAGGUAACAAGCUGAAGGUCUCCCUGAAGGGGAUCGAAUCUGUCACAGAACUGGCAGAUGCAAACACCAUUGUCAAUACCAUGACUGUAGCUGGCAUCGAGUACAAGAGGAUCAGCAAACGAAUGUGAAGAUCUACUGCAUUGUUUGGCUUAAUAAAAUGUGAAAGGCA